AACAGUGUUGUUUAUGUGCAAUGAACUAUUAUUUAUAUACGCAGUCUUCUUUAUGUACACCGGAUGGUUGCUGUAAUGGUUUUAAUCCAAUGACAUCCAACAACGCAGUGCUUUCGACCUGUUUCUUCAGUGAUUUCAAGUGUUGAACCAGUUCAACCAGCCAUUGAUCUACUAGUCGCAUUUAAACCUUUGUACGAGGAAGUGUACCACAAUGCCAGUUCCUCUUCCUGAAUCAGAUUCCGAGGAUGAGUUACCACCGGCAUGGGAGGAGCGUGCCACAAACGAUGGUUUUGUUUACUAUGUCAAUCAUCAAAGUAAAACCACCCAAUGGACCCACCCGCGAACAGGAAAAAUGAAACGAGUCUCUGGAGAGCUUCCACUAGGUUGGACCAAACAGGUCGAAGAGACAACCGGAAAAAUUAUUUUUACCGAGGAAGCUACUCAAAGAAAAUCAUACAGUGAUCCAAGACUCGCCUUUGCGGUAGAAGAAUCUCCACUGGUGGUUGGGGAACUUCGACAACGAUUUGAUAGUGGAACGAAUGCACUUCAAGUUCUGCAUGGACGAGAUCUAAGUGGAAAGGUAGCACUGAUUACAGGCGCAAACGCUGGAAUCGGAUUUGAAACAGCACGUUCUUUGGCACUGCAUGGAUGUGAAGUGAUAUUCGCUUGUCGCAAUGAAACAACUACUGAUGAAGCCAUUUCUGCAAUAACACAGGAAAAAGAAACAGCAGGAAAAAAAUGUAAGUUCAUCAAACUUGACUUGUCCAGUUUGAGAUCUACUAAAGAAUGCGCGCAGCAAGUGAAGACUUUAUUCAAGCACAUAGACAUACUUAUCCUCAACGCUGGAGUUUUUGCAUUGCCGUACAGCACAACAGUAGAUGGUUUGGAGACAACAUUUCAAGUUUGCCAUUUAUCACAUUUUUAUUUAACAAAUCUCCUUUCCGACAUGCUGGAUCACACGUCUAGAGUAGUGAUAGUUUCAUCCGAAUCGCAUCGCUUUAGUGUGCUUCGAACAAAUGAUAUAACUGAAAGUAUUUUAUCUCCUCCUGCAAACAAAUAUUGGAGCAUGGUAGCAUACAACAACGCUAAACUGUGUAACGUCUUGUUUGCAUUCGAAUUGAGCAAACGUUGGAAAAGUCGCGGCAUUUCUGUUUUCGCUUUGCAUCCGGGUAAUAUGGUUUCUUCGCAAAUUGCCCGAAACUGGUGGUUCUACAGGUUGCUGUUUGCAAUCGUGAGACCAUUUACCAAAUCACUCCAACAAGCUGCCAGCACUACCAUUUAUUGCGCAACUGCUCACGAAUUAAACGGGCUUACUGGACUAUACUUCAACAAUUGCUACGUAUGUGACCCCGGUCAGGGCUCAAAAGGCGAACACAAACAGCAAAACCUUUGGGAGCUUAGCGAACGUUUGAUCGAACGAAUUAUGAAGUGAUUGCAGGUAUGAAUCACCGCAUUAAAGUAUUAAAGUAUAAUUUUUUAAUCAUAUUUUUUAACCAAACAAAUAUGGGUAAAGCAAGGGUAAAGUA